AUGUCCCGCGGCUUUUCCAGCUGCUUCUCCCUGCUCCUGCUCGCACUGAGCGUCGCCGUGACAGCGGGUGCGACGCCCGUCGUCCAGGCCCGCGGCAACCUCCUCAAGCUCAUCGAGCGUGACCAGGCGCGCGUGCGCAACCUCCGUGCGCGUGCGAACGCAAAGCUCAACGGACUUACCCUCACCGACGAUGCGGUUGUCAGCGUCCCUGUGGACAAUCGAGUCGUGGACUACGUCGCCGACGUCGCGGUCGGCACACCCUCUACCACGUACUCGCUCCUCAUCGACACCGGCAGAUCUAACACCUGGGUCGGCGCUGGCAAAUCGUUCGUGCAGACUUCUUCAUCCCGUCAAACCGCCGACCGCGUGCGGUGGACUAGCGGUGGUGGCAUGCGCGGCGCCCGGCGACGCACUUGCGCGCGUAGGCAUAGUAAGGAAUCCGGAUGGGGGCGCGCCGCCCUGGGAUAG